AUGGACGUAUGGAAUCCAUUAGUAAAACUUAUACGUCUCGGCAUGUAUUUCAAGUCAAAACAGGAGGUGGACCUUGCUAUCCGAGAAUGGAACAUUCGCCGUGGAAGGGAAAUUUUUGUGAUGGAUAGCAAACCAACUUUAUACAAAGUUAAAUGCUACACGAGAAACAAAAAUUUUAAAAACCCUUUCCCUCAUGCUCCUUUGUGUGAUUGGCGUGCAACGGCGUCAAAACAGAAACACCAACACCUUUGGCAAAUUACCAACUGGGCGCCUGCCCAUAGUUGUUAUUCCAUGGUGGUACGCAACAACAACAGGUGCCUUAGAUCUAAGGAUAUCGCUGCACACAUCCUGCCACAAAUUCGUACAGACAUUGCGUUGAAGGAGCUGCCAAAGUACGUGUUACGGCUUCAGUCUCGAAACCCUGGUACGGUGGUUUCAUGGUUUCAUCACCCGCACUCGGCUCCAGGACAUCCAACAUUCAAAUAUGUUUUUUGGGCAUUUGGUCCUUCAAUUCGCGCGUUUCAUCUUUGCCAGCCUGUCAUCUCUGUGGACGGCACACACUUGAAAGGAGGGUACUGUGGUAAGUUGUUGGUUGCGGUAACCAAAAACGCCAACAACUACAUAAUUCCAGUGGCGUACGCUCUAGUUGACGAAGAGACGGUUCAUAGUUGGUGUUGGUUUUUCCAAAAUUUGAGAGAAUACGUCACCAAAGACUGUAACAGUAGAAUUUGUGUUCUAUCAGACCGUCAUGCCGGGAUAAUUAAUGCGAUGGGAACCUUCUGGAUUGGAGGGAACCAAACGCCUACCACCGUUAUUGUCUUCGGCAUCUCAGAAGCAAUUUUAGUGGUAGGUCCAAGACCAAAUCUCUUAGGAAGCUGUGUUGGAUGA